CCUAUCGGACACUCCCAGCUGCUCUGUGUACUGUAGCCUGACCAUCAUGCGUGAAAUUGUACAUCUCCAAAUUGGACAAUGCGGCAACCAGAUUGGCUCAAAGUUUUGGGAGGUGAUCAGUGACGAACAUGGGCUCAAUGCAACGGGCAACUAUGAGGGCGAUAGCGACCUCCAACUGGAGAGGGUCAACGUCUACUUCAAUGAGGCAUUUGGUGGUAAAUAUGUCCCCAGGGCCCUGCUUGUUGACCUGGAGCCUGGCACAAUGGACAGUGUAAGAGGAAGCCGCAUCGGGGCCCUUUUUAGGCCAGACAACUUCAUCCAUGGGAACUCAGGGGCUGGGAAUAACUGGGCAAAGGGGCACUACACAGAGGGAGCGGAGCUGGUGGAGCAGGUGAUGGACAGGGUGAGGAGCGAGAGUGAGAGCUGUGACUGCCUGCAGGGCUUCCAGCUGGUUCACUCACUGGGGGGUGGCACCGGCUCUGGCAUGGGAACCCUCCUCAUCAACAAGAUCCGAGAGGAGUACCCAGACCGCAUCAUGAACACCUUCAGCAUCAUGCCCUCCCCUAAAGUCUCCGACACAGUGGUGGAGCCAUACAACGCCACCCUGUCUGUCCACCAGCUCCUGGAGAACACAGACGAGACCUUCUGCAUCGACAACGAGGCCCUCUACGACAUCUGUUUCCGCACGCUGAAGCUGACCACACCAACUUACGGGGACCUUAACCACUUGGUCUGCAUGACCAUGAGUGGGGUCACGACCUCUCUGAGAUUCCCCGGACAGCUCAACGCAGACCUGAGGAAGCUGGCUGUCAACAUGGUGCCUUUCCCCCGCCUCCACUUCUUCAUGCCAGGCUUUGCGCCCCUGACAGCCCGUGGCAGUCAACAGUAUCGAGCCCUCACUGUCCCGGAGCUCACCCAGCAGAUGUUCGAUGCUCGCAACAUGAUGACGGCAUGCGACCCAAGGCGGGGGCGCUACCUCACAGUUGCUGGCAUGUUCAGAGGCAAGAUGUCUACCAAACAGGUAGACGAGCAGAUGCUUGCAAUGCAGCAGAAAAACAGCAACUACUUUGUGGACUGGAUCCCCCAUAACGUCAAGGUUGCCGUGUGUGACAUUCCCCCGCGAGGCCUCAGAAUGGCCUCCACCUUCAUCGGAAAUAACACAGCCAUUCAGGAGAUAUUCCGUCGUGUAGGCGAGCAGUUCUCCAUGAUGUUCAGACGCAAGGCUUUUCUCCACUGGUAUACAGGGGAAGGUAUGGAUGAACUGGAGUUCAACGAGGCAGAGAGCAACCUUAACGACCUGGUGUCAGAGUACCAGCAGUACCAAGAUGCCACAGCAGAUCUGGGUUGGGAAGGUGGGGAUGAAGAAGAGGAGGAACCCUCAACACCAGCGACAACAAAAGUCAGUUCUCGGAUGGAAGUUAAACUGGAAACAGUGACGGAAAUGAGCAAAGACGCUGUAGAUGAGUAGAAGACAAAGGGUAUACAGUGUGGUGUGUAGGUUUGAUUGUUGAGGGAAUUUUGGUCUGAAAAGGAACUCUUAUUUUGUAGUUUAAUUUAUGCCAGUGAUUGAUGUAGUCUUUACUGGAUUAAAUGUGUUUAAAAAAA